AUGCAAACACGUCUAAACCCUCCCAGAGCCCCUCCACCCUCCAACAGAUGUCACCUUAAAGCCAGACACAGAAGCUGUGCAGGGCGAGCACAGCGACACCAGCCCCACGUCCCUCAGCGGGGUCAUCCUGUCAACACUGGGGGCCCAAUCACUGCUCGACUAGCUGCACUCCUACUGCUUCUGCUCCCGGGGGAACAGGAGCACGGGUGCCGCCUGCGGGAGCAGGUGGGGAAGAACGGCGAGCUGAAGAGGGACAGCCGCCGACAGCCAGGUGCACACGCUGCAGGAGGAGCUGGACGAGCUGAAGGGAGGGGCUCCCUAACUGAGCAGCCUGCUGCCCCCCGCCGAGCGCCAGCUGCAGAGAUCCAGCCGGUGGCAGAAGCAGGGCAGUGGACAGUGGUGGAGGUAGAGCUGGCUCCAGCUCCAUCAAUACCACCCCCUCUAGCGCUGGAGCCAGCGUCCCCUCCCUCAGCAGUGUUGGAGCUGGAGCAAGGGCCCACGUCGGCUCCAGCAGGAGUGGGAGCUGCUGAGCUGGAGUCACCUGGACCAUCACUUCUAGUGGGAAGUCCAUCUCCACCUGUGGCCAUUAAGGAGGGUGAGAAAAAGCCUAACCUCACGGCCUUCCCUCCUAAGCUGGUGGCGGAGCAGUUGACCGUGAUGGAUGCGAGCGUAGAGGUGGACACUAACAGGACCUGCUGCACAAAGUGGCUGUGCCGGCUCCAUGAGGAGUGCGAGAUCCUGAAGAACUUCUCCUCGCUCCGUGCUGUCGUCUCUGCUCUGCAGAAAACCUCCAUAAGCCACCUGAAGAACACGUGGGCGGAUGUUUCCCGGGAGAGCUCAGAAAAACUUAAGGAGUUCUGUAGCCAUGACAAGUCCUUGAGAAGAGAAUUGAUGACCAAGGGUGUCGUCCCCUAUCUUGGCACUUUCCUCGGUGACCUGCUGAUGCUGCACCUGGCGAUGGGUGAUUAUCUCGAGGGGAGUGAGAUCAACCUUCAGAAAAGGACUGAGGAAUACCGAGUCAUGAGGGAGAUCCUGCUGCUCCAGGUGGCUGCAAAGAAUUACAACCUAGAGCCCGAGGAGCGAUUUGGGGCCUGGUUCCAGGACAUGGAGCUGCUCAAUGAGAAUGAUAGCUACAGCCUGUCCUGCCAGCUAGGGCCCCAGGCCUAGUUGGCCAGCAGAAUACUCAAGGCCAAGAAGAACCAGCUAUCAUCAAGGCGAAGAUUUGUGAUGCAGCUUUUAAGGCUACAUCUGGGCCUCCUUCCGUCA